AUGCUAUCCUGUUUUUUCUUGCUUUCUAAGCACAUCAAUGCCUCCCUGGUGUCUCUGCACAGAGCCCGCUGUAGCUUCCAGCUCCCACAGCGCUGGCCUCCAGGACGUUCCUGGGUUCCCGGGAUGGCUGCUCCCUGCCACCUGCAGGCCGCCUCCGCCUCCUCUGGAAAUCCUUCUGGACUCUCCUCUACUUCUCGGGUGCGACAGAACUUCCACCCCGACUCUGAAGCUGCCAUCAACCGCCAGAUCAACCUGGAGCUCUACGCGUCCUAUAUGUACUUGUCUAUGGCCUAUUACUUCUCCCGGGAUGACGUGGCCUUGAACAACUUCUCCAGGUAUUUCCUUCACCUCUCCCGGGAGGAAACUGAGCAUGCGGAGAAGCUGAUGUGGCUGCAGAACCAGCGGGGAGGCCAGAUCUGUCUGCAGGACAUCAAGAAACCUGAUAGAGACAAUUGGGAAAGUGGGCUAAAAGCCAUGGAAUGUGCUCUGCUCUUGGAAAAAUCUGUGAACCAGUCAUUGUUGGAAUUACAUGCUCUGGCCUCAGGCAAAAGUGACCCCCACUUGUGUGAUUUUCUGGAGACCAACUACCUGAAUGAGCAAGUGAAGUCAAUCAAGGAACUCGGUGACCAUGUACACAACUUAAUUAAGAUGGGGGCCCCAGACUCAGGGCUGGCAGAGUACCUCUUUGACAAACACACCCUUGGAAAUGAAAACAAGCAGAGCUAA